AUGUUGUCAUUAUCCCCUCUGUUCUCAACUACCUACGGAUGGCCCUCAGAGGAUCCUAUCCAGAAUAAUGUUCAACGGGAUUGCAAUGAUAUUUCUAUAGAAGCUGAAGCAAAUUCAUGUAAAUCUUUACUUGAUUUUGAUACAUAUGAAGAUAUCCAGCAUGAUUUUUCAGCUGAAAAUUCUAAUUCUUCUGGUGGGUUUGUAAAUGGCUAUUUGGCUAAUCCUAUGGUGAAGAAGCUCAAUCAUAAUGCCAGUGAAAGACAUCGUCGUAAGAGGGUGAACGAGUUAUAUGGUUUCCUUCGUUCACUGCUACCCAUUUCCAGUGAUCAAAAGAAAAAAGUAAGUAUCCCAGGGACAGUAUCCCGCGCACUUAAGUACAUACCCGAACUACAAAAGGAAGUAGAGAAAUUAAAACAUAAAAAGGAAAAGCUUUCAUCGUAUUCAUCAUCAAAAGCUCAUUUGAGUCGAGAAGUGCUAAAGAUGCAAAAAUCGUCCUUGGUUUCAUCGGUAAGAGUGUUAGGAGCCACAGAAGCUGUCAUACAACUGAUUUCCUCUGAUGAUCAUAUGAGCAAGAGGAAAGAGAUUGUCUUCUUGUCUAAGGUUUUGGAAUACUUAGAGCAGGAAGAAGAUGGGUUUAUUUUGCUCAAUGCGACGAAUUUCAAAUGUUCGGGGGAAGAGAUGGCAUUAAGCACUCUGCAUAUUCAGGUGCAAGGUGAUAAUGACAUUGACGCUGAAAGGCUGAUGGAGAAGCUUAGCUCUUUCCACCAACUAUCAGAUCGACUUUUACUCUAA